AUGGCAAAUGAUCCAUCGAAGUUCGACCAAAUAUGGAGAGCAGCCUGCGAAAAGGAGAUGCUCUCCUGGCAGAGUCCAACCACACUGCUGAAGAGCUUGCAAAUGCUCCUGGGACCUCCGGAGGAAGGAGGUCCCUUCUAUCGCGCGCCCGCGUGCGGCGAUCUGGUCACGGUGUCCGGAAUCCGCCGACGGCCUGAGCUGAACGGUUCUCAGGGCGAGGUGGUCAACACCUCCCCCGACGAGUUCGGCCGCAUCACCGUGAAGAUCGUGGACACCUGCGGGGACAGUCGCAAGAUGAAGAUUCAACCCUUCAGACUGCUACCAACCUCUUCGUCUCCUGCUUUGGCAUCAAUGAGGCUGCAGGAUGACCGCAGCAGUGUUCGCUCAAUCUCUCGGCAAGGCAGCACGUCGGGCCGAGCAUUGGGCACGGCCAUCAGUUGCUCUGCCAAGAGCGCCCUGUCAAAUACUGGCAGCGGUGCCAGGAAUCUUUGA